CUUUUGAUGCUCAAGAAACAGGUGAGAGCCCAGUGGUGCCAGCGGGCCCGACAGAGAAGAUGCCGGAGAAUGAUGGCUACAUGGAGCCCUAUGAGGCUCAGAAGAUGAUGGCUGAGAUCCGAGGCUCCAAGGAAGCAGCUGCCAAGCCCCUGCCCUUGUAUGAUACACCCUAUGAACCAGCGGAGGAAGGGCUCAGCCCAGAGGGGGAGGGGGCUGGUCGGCCCCGGGAGUCCCGUCUACCUGAGGAUGAUGAGAGACCCCCAGAGGAGUAUGACCAGCCCUGGGAGUGGAAGAAGGAGAGGAUCUCCAAGGCCUUUGCUGCCCAGUUUGAAGGGUCCGAGAACUGCUUGUCACCCAGCAGGGAAGAGAAGGGUCGGCCCCUUCCUCGGCUUCCUGGACCGAACUCCAAGACAGCGAAGCCCCUGAGCAUCGAGCCCAGCAGCCCCCUGGGGGAGUGGACAGACCCAGCCCUGCCUCUGGAAAACCAGGUUUGGUACCAUGGGGCCAUCAGCCGAACGGAUGCCGAGAACCUGCUGAGGCUAUGCAAGGAAGCCAGCUAUUUGGUGCGAAACAGUGAGACCAGCAAGAAUGACUUCUCCCUCUCCCUCAAGAGCAGCCAGGGCUUCAUGCACAUGAAACUUUCUCGGACCAAGGAGCACAAGUACGUGCUGGGCCAGAACAGCCCGCCCUUCAGCAGCGUGCCGGAGAUCGUACACCAUUACGCCAGCCGGAAGCUGCCCAUCAAGGGGGCUGAGCACAUGUCUCUGCUCUACCCUGUGGCCAUCCGGACUCUGUAAGGCUGGAGGAUCAGCAGCCAUCACUGUCCCAGGGCUGAAAAGUAGCCCCCACCUAUGAUCACUUCCAGUCCCUCUGGCUACCCCCUCCAACCAGCUGUUGAACUAUGGCUUCUUCCAGGGAGAGAAGUAUCAGCCAGAACCUAUGUGGCCCCUAGGGACUCCUCUCUUCCCCUUGGUCCCCUCCCAUUCCAUUUUUCCCCAGAGGUGGAGAGGAAAGCUUCUUUAAUUUAUUCUAAAAGGGAAAGUCACUGGGUUUUGUGGGUAGGGGAGAUGUCCCUGAGAGAAGAGUAUAUGCCUUGGGGCAAUGAGCAUUUGGGGAUGGGGCAUCCUUCCCUUUCUAAGGUCUUCUGGAGCCAGAAGCCCCUCCAUCUCCUGGUGCCAGAAUAAUUUUGACCUGAGAGGUGGUGAGAUCCCUCUGUGGCACCCUCCUAAUGCUUCAGGAGGUCCAGGAUGAACAACUCCACCACCUUUUCCAAGACUGGAACCUGAAUGGCAAGGAGGGCCUGAGGCCUCAGCCCUGGUGUUUGGGGUCUUUUAAGGGUGAGCCCAGGGCAGGUUUCCAGACCAAUAAGUGGCCAUCUCCUUCAUCUUCAACUCGACCUCCUCUCAACAAUCAUCUCCAUCCUCAGACUAAGAAGGUUCCUUGUCGGGAGGGAAAGAGGGAAGCUAAAAGGAGGGACUUGGGGUCUGGUGAUGCCAGUCCUUGGGAAUUGGGGAGAUAGGGAGAAUUUGAGGGAACCAAGGGAGCUGGUUCUGCCAGUUGUCCAGUGGCUGAGCGCCAGUAUCAAUAACUGUCUCCCCCCCCCUCCAUUGUCUGCCCCCCACUUUCCAGACAGAUGACUCUGGGGGAGAAGAGACGUGGUGCUGGGGGGUGGGAGGGGAUCCGCAAGCAGUGAAGCUCGAACAGAUUCUGUUGAUAAAUCAGUUUCAUAGCCGACACUGAACGGCUGUGAAAAGCACUUUCCU